UGCCGCCCGGCUGGGCCGCGCCCCUGCCCCGCCUCCCGCCAGCCCUGCCCGGCCCAGCUCCGCCUGCCCCAGCGGCAGCCCGGUGGCCGCCACUGAGCUAUGGCGAGCACGGCGCCCGCGCAGCCCCGCGAGCCGGAGGCAGGCGGCGAGCCCGGCGGCGGGCGGGAGCAGCCGGAGACCCUCGAGGAGCGGGGCGCGGCAGGGGAUGCGGAGCCAGCGGAGGUGUCAGGCGGGGCGGCCGCGGCGCUGCUGGGGGAGACGGGGCUGGCGGUGGGCUGCUGCAUCGCGGCGGCGCUGAGCUGGGAGCGGCCCCUCCACAGCCUGGGCGGCUUCGUCUGCGCCAACCUGCUUUUCUGGUUUGUUGCACUGACCCCUUGGAGAGUGUAUCAUCUGACUUCUCUCAUAAUACUUGGAAUACUCAUCCUUCAGAUAAUAAAGGAUUUGGUAUUCUCGAGGAUAAAAGGUGCGCAGCUUUGGAGGACCAUCACUGGAAACUGGAAAGUCAUCAGUUCCAGGCAAGACUACAGACCCAGAAUAAAUCAGUGCAUUUCAGAAGCACUGACAAAUUUAUUCGUAUUUCUUCAAGAAAUGUCCCACUUCAAGGAACAAAACCCUGGCAAGUUUUGCCUGCUAGUCUGCAGUGUAUGUACAUUUUUCACUGUCUUGGGAAGUUACAUUCCUGGAGUUGUCCUCUCCUAUGUCCUGCUAUUGUGUGCCUUUUUAUGUCCCUUCCUUAAGUGCAAUGAAUUUGGACAGAAAUUGUGCAACAAAAUUAAGACUCUUCUGAUGAAACUAGAUUUUGGAAUAGUGGAAUAUAUCAACCAGAAGAAAAAAGAGAGAUCUGAAACAGCAAAAACAAAACCCACAGAAGAUGACAGUGAAUUAGACAUAUCAGCCCUGUGUCCUAAGGUUAGUCCUGCAGUUGUUGCCAAAGAGCUGUCAGUGUCUGACACAGAUGUAUCAGAAGUAUCUUGGACCGAUAAUGGGACCUUUAACUUAUCCGAGGGGUAUUCUCCACAGACAGACACAUCUGAUGAUUUAGACCGACCUAGCGAUCAUGAAGAAGCUUUCGCUAGAGAUCUUUCAGAAUUUCCCUCUUUAGAAAAUGGUGCCGGAACAAAUGAUGACGAUGACUCGAGCAUUGGUGUGCCCAUCCAGCAAAAGCGAAAAAACGAACAACCAUAUUUCCAGGUGGAUCAUCCUUCCAGACAGAGCAAAGAGAGACCGUCCACUGCAGGGCUCUCCUUGCCUUUGACCAGUGACCAAACCUUUAAUUUAAUGAGCGGGAUUGCUGGGGAUGUCAUCGCAGCUGCGGUGUCUGCGGCCAUCAAAGACCAGUUGCAGUCAGCACAGCAAGCUCCCUCACAGGCAGCGCCCAGUUUGAGCGAGGAGACAGACACGGAGGAAGCUGACGAUUUUGAACUGCUUGACCAGUCUGAGCUUGAGCAGAUUGAGAAAGAAUUGGGACUUUCACAAGGCCAAGAGGCAGAAUCCCAGGAAAAGAAGAAAUCUUCAGGCUUCCUUUCAAAUCUGCUUGGAAGUCAUUAACCUGGAAAUUGCAGCUGGUAACAUAAAAGAAAUAAAACACACACAAAAAAAUCAAAUGCAAAAAAGGAAAAAAAAAAAAAAAAAGGAAAAUUCUGAGCUGUAAGCUUUAACUAUCACUUUAGAUGUGUUGUAAUAAUUUCCCUUAUGCAGAGUGAAUUAACUGGAUAAAUAUCAGCUGAUACUGGUAGCUUAAUGUUUCUGGUAGUUAUACCUCAGUGUAAUAGCAUGGAAAUGAAUUAUCUAUCCACUGUUUGGUUGCAGAUGAGUGUUGAAGGUCACUUGUUCAAAAGAGAUGGGGGAGGGUUUUUUUAAUCUUUUUGCCAACCAUGUAUUUUGGGGUCCUGAGCCAAAUAUUCAACAUCAGCAGUUUAUUUACUCCUGGUUGCCAACCAUGUAAUACAAUUAGCGAUUCACAUGGCAAGAGCAAGUUACGAGAGGACUGCAAUGAGAUUAACUAAAUCUCACCUCCGCCAAUCGUACCGAGAAGUAUGAAUCCCUGCAGUUAGCAUUAUGUGUAGUGCAUCUACUAUAUAUGAAACACAUUAACCAGCACAAAUCUAGUUUAAAAAUGUGUGCAACACUAUCGAAGAACUUGAUUUCAUACUUAAAACCUUUGAAUUGUUUUGGAUAUGGUGAUGCAUUUCCAAGUUUUUUUGCUGUUUUAGGCUUGUAGAGUUGUAAAGUGGCAUGCGGUUAGACUGACCACCUGCUGCGGUCCUUGAUAGAGUCUGGUCCUGGGCAGUAUUGCCUGUGUGAAGUCAGCCAACACAUUUCUUAUAUUUAAGAGUUAAUAUCAUGUAAACUGAACAAUCUUUCUGGGAGCAGGGGAGGGUAGUUAUUGUUUGGAAUAGAGGUUAGAGGUUUAAAAAAAAAAGUAAAAAAAAGGCUUUUUUUAGGUGUCACUUCCUUAAUUCAAGAUUCUGUGGGUUUUGUUUUAUUUUCCCCCGGCCAGCUGCCAUGACUUGCAACUAAAGUUGUAUUGCAAGCUGAAUAUUUUAAGGUACUUAAAAGUAUUUGAUGAGGUCAUAUGCUACAGAAGACGCUCAGAAUCUUCUUCUUGGCAUGUAAUUUAAAACAAACAGAAAAGAGCUUGUUUCAGUUAUUUGCCAGUUUAAACUCCACACAUGCUGAGUCUGUGCCUUGGGGUCUUAAGCAGGUAACUUAUUUAAUUUUUUCUAGGGCUUUUUUGCUCACCCGUGACAAAACCAAAUUGCAAUACCAAGCAAUAGUAAUCAAAGAAAUAGGAAGAAGUAACGCUAGGGUUUUUUUUAAUGUGAUGUAAACCGUUAGCAAAGUUGAGGGACCAUGUCAGCUGCUACUACUACUACUCAAGUGAUUUUCCAUUUGCUGGCAUUUGAAGAGGUGAAUACUGUCAUCUAGGACCCUCACAAAAUACAGCAACAGAUUAUAAAAAUCUCUCACCAACAUAUAUGUGUAGGUAAACCUGUGUUUAAAGUUAACUCUUUUUUUUUUUUUUUUUUGCUUUUGAGGUGAAAAGAAUAGGCAAAUGGCCAAAAACAAUGUAGCGAAAGAAAAGAUGGGGAGAAUUUUUAACACUAGCUUUAUUGUUGCUUGUGCUUUUGUGUCAGUAAUGCAUUAUUGACUGUGUUUGCUGUCCUUUACUGGUAAAAAAGUGAGCCUGUGCCUUCAUUAUCAAAUCCAUUAUGAAGCAAGUGGAUGAUGGUUAUAGAUCCCACAAGAUGCAGCUUUUGAAAUUACAACAUCUUAACAUUAAAAGCGAGUUUCUGGAAAUGAUUAAAAAACCAUGGCCAUAUCACUCCCACAGCAUUGGUAUCUAAGUUUCCUUUUUAGCUUCCGCCAGCCUGUCCUUUGCAUUUGGAAAACAAAGAAACAAAAACCCAAAACCCAAAACUACCACAAAACCCACGGACAAAAAUAAAAGAUGCUUUUGCUGGGAAAUCAUUAAGUUUAAAGGGCACUUAAAUUUCUCUGAUGAGUGAAAAGUCUUGUUUCCUUGCUGCGUGUUUAGGACAAUCUAUACAGUUAGAACAACUUCCAAGCUGCUGAUGAAACUUGUUAGGACGCCCAAACACCUGUGUGCUCCCUUGUACAGGAGCACUGGUGCCAGGAGGGGAACCAGGCUGCGGGGUGGGGGGAGGCGGGAGGGAGCCGUCCAUCCUCCACGGGCUUCUCAGCAGCGUGUUGAUGGGACAGACGAGCUGGCUCUCGGUGGUGGCAUUGUAACAGCGUGCACUUUAUCGUUGUUUUACAAAGAGUACUUGUGGCUAUAAGAGUACGUAACGCAGGGGAGCUCUUCUAGAGUAAUAGAUUAGAUCAAGCAAGAAAAGGAGCUGGAGGAGUUUCUUCGACUUUUUGUACAUGAUCCAUUUUCUGGUUUCAAGAUAGAAAAACAGAUUGAUUUUUCUCCAGCAAUUAUUUUUUUUUUUUCCAGGAAGAAAAACAAAGCAAAACUUGAACAAGCAAAUCACUAAAGUUUAGGGACAUAAUUGCUUAUCUGAGUGUCUUUAGAAUUUUAUUUUUCUGUUCUCAUGGUAGUCGAUUACAUUCAAGCCCUUAAAUACCGUGUCAUGGGAAGAAGGUAAUUCUGUAACAUUUAAUAUUCUUCCUCAGGUAGUGGAAAGAUGCUUAGUUCUCUUCAGGAAAUUACCUCUUCCCUCCCAGACAAAUGCAUGUAAGAAACACUUUUCUCGGACACCAUACAUUCCACUGCCAGCAGUUUGACAGCAAAACACAAAGAAAACAUUUAUCUCCUUUGUGAGAUCACUCCCACGCUGCCUUCAGUUGAAAAUCCCUCGAGAAAUUGUCAUUUCACUGUAUUUAACAGCAGCCACAAAAGAACAGUUACUUAAAAUUUCCUGUCACAACGCAGCGUGUUUCCUACCAAGCACUGUUGUCACCUUCCCAUCUUCCCAAUCUGCAUAUGCAGAGAGAAGAAGAGCGAGUAUGAGGCAGCAUGUAGCUUUGCAAUGAACAUUUGUUCUGUGGAAAGCCUGUUUGCAUGCAGUGUCCAGUCUAAGGCGGUAGGGACAGUGUGGAGGGCGUCACUGGAGUGUGGACACAUGAGAAAGUGCCCAUGGGGUAACGCGGGGUGUGAUCUUGCCAUGGGAUCGGUGCUGCCGGCGUUAUCUCGUGCGCUCUUACCUGGUAGGAAAUGGAGGAUGCCACGUGUUUUUGCAGUAGCGCGGCUGAAGCGCUCGCCCUCCCGAGCCUCGCAGGGGCUGCUUCACACCCCCCCGCUGGAAGAAAGCAACGUGUGUUAGGACAGGGCCUGUGGGAUGCAGUUCUGUCCUUUGUACUCUGAAAAUUUCCCCUUCCCUUAGUGACAGACGUGAUGGCCGUUUGGUCAGUGGCCUUAGGUGUGCCAAAUCCAGUGUAAAAGCACCCAUUUAUAGCACGCAGGGCUUUUCAUGUGUAUGUACCACGUAUCUACUUGCAAUUCUUCAGUUUGUUUGUGGAAAAAACAGAACAUUCUAUGCAGAGGAGGGGAGAUAAUUUUAACCCAAAGUAAUAGGUUUUGAAGAAAUACUUGUUUUACUUGUUUUUUUGUUCGUUUUGCACUUUUUCCAGACUGUUUCAGCCUUCUGAACAAACUCUCUGUAGUCUCCAUGUCUGUUCUCAGCACACGAGCAGCGUAACAGUCUGUAACCACCACCUGUCCGGGUAACCAGAAACUGGAAAAUUACAAAAUGUCUUUAUUUAAAAUAUUUUGCAGCACUUUACCGAGCCUGAUUACUAUUUUGUAAACAUUGAAUUAUUAUAUUGAUUGUUUGUAAAACCAUUUAAUAAAUACGUGUUAGUUUUUAUCUUUCA